CUGGGAUGCCGUCUGGUCCUGCUGCUUUCCUGGUGUUCACUCUCUUGAAGGCUCUCCUUACUUCAUGCUCGGAGAUGACGAGCACGUUUCCGGUGCUGGCAGUAUCUUCCUAUCUGCAGCCGUUAGCGCCGCUAGUACUAGCAUUGUUGUAGUAGCAUUUAAACUAUGUAGCAUAGUUUAAAGCUUCCGAGCUGCCGUCACCUUAGAAAUAAACAGCAGGGUGAAGUAAAGUGAAACGCCCACUUUUAGAUUGAUGAUGUGCCACAGUGCCACCCUUUCCCGUGAACGCGCAGGAGAAACCUGGGUUAACUUAGCAAGUUAACAACCAGCCUAGUGUGGUCGGUUAUCCUGAUCAGCGGUGUUAGGCGGGAGCGCGCAGACAGACCCACAGAAGAAGUGUGUGCCCGACCCAAAGCAUGCAUAAACAAACACAUCGCCAGACGCCACUGAGUUGACCUUUCCUUUAAACCUCAGCUUUCAGCAUGCAGAGGGGUUUCCAGGCAGGCCUCCUGCUCCUGCUUGUCCAGCUGUUCCAGGAGGGUCCGGGAAACAUCCCAGCCAUCACCCUGGCUGUCCUGGGAUUCAAUGUGUACCUGUACGUGUUUCCUCCUGCUCCACCACUGAAGGCUUGCAUGAGCCUUGAUCAGGUGUACCGAAAUAAAGAGUGGCGACGCCUCUUCCUGUCCCCCCUGCAUCACAUCGAUGAUUGGCACCUUUACUUCAACAUGGCGUCCUUCCUGUGGAAAGGCAUGAGGCUGGAGCGACGUCUGGGUGGACCUUGGUUCCUGUACCUGCUGUCAGUCUUCUUUCUGCUCACUGGAUUGGUGUACCUGCUGCUGCAGGCGCUGAUGAUUAAGCUCAUGGAGGGCACGGAUUCUUCUGAUCCAUUAUUGGAAUAUGUGCAGGCUUUCAGCAGAGAGUGUGCUGUCGGCUUCUCAGGGGUCUUGUUUGCUCUGAAGAUCGUCAAUAACCACUUCAACCCCGGUGGUGUGACGUACGUUAUGAAUAUUCGGGUGUCCAAUCAGUUUGCUAGCUGGGUGGAGCUGGUGCUCAUCUAUCUAAUCGCUCCUGGGACCUCUCUGGUUGCCCACCUGGCAGGUGUCCUGGUGGGUCAGCUCUACACUGUGGGUCCACUGAAGACCAUCAUGGAGGCAUGUGCAGAUAUGAUAUCUUCAGAUGGAGUUACUUCACGCCAGCGUUCAUACUACAGCUUUUCAGGCUACAGCGGGACCAGACGAGAAUACUUUGAAGAGCCUCGACCUGCGGAGGAUCACACGUCUGAUUAUUCUGAGAGCUACAUCUCAGGACUGACGGAGGAGGAGCAGAUAGAGCUGGCCAUCAGAAACAGUCUGAAACAUCGAGAACAAACCAGGCGAAGAGAAACUGAACAUCACCCAGGAGACUCUUGAGGAUCUCAGGAGGAGGCGGCUGAGGAGGUUUGAGCAGGAAGUUACCAACCAGAGAAGAAGAUUGUAAUGACGGAUUUUUAUUUUCCAUUUUUGUUUUUUUCUCAUUUUCACUGGUUUAACUGGGAAGAUGCCUCCCAUCACUCUCCCUUGUUGCUGCGGGUCACAU